AUGUACCUGACCAUUAACCAGUGUUCAGACCAGGUGGACAGUAUAUUGAAACGAUGUUCAGACUUCAAGCCCCAGUGUUCAGGUGGACAACAGGAGGCGCUGUUAGCAGCCAUCAGUGAGAAGGAUGCCAACAUCGCCCUGCUGGAGCUGUCCUCGUCCAAGAAGAAGAAGACGCAGGACGAGGUGGCCAUGCUGAAGAGAGAGAAGGACAGCCUGGUACAACAGCUCAAACAACAGACCCAGAACCGUAUGAAGCUGAUGGCCGACAACUAUGAGGCUGAGCAUCUGAAGGCCUCCUCACGUUCUGAGCAGACCAAUCACAAACCCUCCCCAGACCAGAUCAUCCCUCCUCUCCUGGACCUGAACCAGAACCGCAGUAAGCUGAAGAUGUAUAUUGGUCACCUGAGAGACCUGUGUCAGGAGAGAGACCCCCAGAUCCUGCAGGACCUGACACCUCCCUCCUCCUACCACAGCUCUCAACACACCGCCUGGGAGACACAGCUACACAACAUGACCCCAGAGCAGUUGGAGUCGGAGCUGGCGGUGUGUGAGAGGGAGAGUGCAGAGCUCCAGGAGCAUGCUAACUGUGUCCUGCAGCAGAUCGCUGACCACUGCCCCGACAUCCUGGAGCAGGUGGUCAACGCCCUGGAAGAGUCCUGCUGACCUGUCAAUGUCCCCGCCAACCACACUCUCACAACGCGUCGAGAGAGAGAGAGAUGCCUUUAUAUUCGCGGUCCUUCAUUUCCUGCCUUACCUGUUCUCCUAAUAUCUCUUUGGGGAUUUGUUACUGAUUUAUUAACAAUGAUUUGUCAGAUUGGUGCAACAAUCCUCUAAAUCUAAAAAUGUUUGUGGUGAGAAGGCCUUCUUGAACCGUUCAUGACGUUGAACCCUGUCUUUUUCUUAGACCUGACCACAAAACCUGUCCGUUACUAAGGUGUGGUCAACCAUGUUAUAUUAGUGUUACUCACAUACAGUUACUGCUUAGUUAUUACACAGUUACAGCUUAGUUACCACACAGUUACUGCUUAUUUACUGCUUAGUUACCACACAGUUACUGCUUAGUUACCAUACAGUUACUGCUUAGUUACUACACAGUUACUGCUUAGUCACUACACAGUUACUGCUUAGUUACUACACAGUUACUGCUUAGUUACUACACAGUUACUGCUUAGUUACUACACAGUUACUACUUAGUUACUACACAGUUACUGCUUAGUUACUACACAGUUAUUGC